GGUUUCGGCGGCCAUCGCUGCCUGCGCGGUUGCUUCGCCUCGCCCGCUCCCGGCCCUCCUGGGCCGAGUGGAGCCGGGUGGCGUCAGCGGCCUAGCUCCAAGGGGCAUCUCGGCUUCAGGGGCUCGGCCUCCAGCACGCCGCAAUGCCGGGCGCGGCGACGGAUCUGUGAGGCCGCGGCCGUGGCGCUGGGCGGCGGUGGGGCCGGGCCGGUUCUGCUCAUGGUGCCGCCACGACGACAUCGCGGGGUAGGAAGGCCAGGUGUUCUCAGUUCUUCACCUCCUUUUAGACUCACAUCUGCCAAGUUUUCAGGCAUUACUUUUGAAGACCUCAGAAAAGCCCUUAAAAUCAGACUACAAAUGGUGUGUGUAUUUAUCAUGAACCGAAUGAAUUCCCAGAGCAGUGGUUUCACUCAGCGCAGGCGAAUGGCUCUUGGGAUUGUUAUUCUCCUACUUGUUGAUGUGAUAUGGGUGGCUUCCUCUGAACUUACUUCGUAUGUUUUUACUCAGUACAACAAACCGUUCUUCAGCACCUUUGCAAAAACAUCCAUGUUUGUUCUAUACCUCUUGGGCUUUAUUAUUUGGAAGCCGUGGAGACAGCAGUGUACAAGAAGAUUUCAAGGAAAGCAUGCUGCCUUUUUUACAGAUGCUGAAGGUUACUUUGCUGCUUGCACAACAGAUACAACUAUGAAUAGUUCUUUGAGUGAACCUCUGUAUGUUCCUGUGAAAUUUCAUGAUCUUCCAAGUGAAAAACCUGACAGCACAAAUAUUGAUACUGAAAAAACUCCCAAAAAGUCUCGUGUAAGGUUCAGUAAUAUUAUGGAGAUUCGACAGCUCCCAUCAAGCCAUGCAUUGGAAGCUAAGUUGUCACGCAUGUCAUAUCCUGCUGUGAAAGAACAAGAGUCCAUACUAAAAACUGUGGGGAAACUUAAUGCAACUCAAGUAGCAAAAAUAAGCUUUUUUUUUUGCUUUGUGUUCUUUUUGGCGAAUUUGUCAUAUCAAGAAGCACUUUCAGACACACAAGUUGCUAUAGUUAAUAUUUUGUCUUCAACUUCUGGACUUUUUACCUUAAUCCUUGCUGCAUUGUUUCCAAGUAACAGUGGAGAUAGAUUUACGCUUUCUAAACUGCUAGCUGUAAUUUUAAGCAUAGGAGGUGUUGUACUGGUAAACCUGUCAGGAUCUGAAAAAUCUGCUGGAAGAGAUACUAUAGGUUGCAUUUGGUCUCUUGUUGGAGCUAUGCUUUAUGCUGUCUAUAUUGUUAUGAUUAAGAGAAAAGUAGACAGAGAAGAUAAAUUGGAUAUUCCCAUGUUCUUUGGUUUUGUAGGUCUGUUUAAUCUGCUGCUCUUAUGGCCAGGUUUCUUUUUACUUCAUUAUACUGGAUUUGAGGACUUUGAGUUUCCCAAUAAAGUAGUAUUAAUGUGGAUUAUCAUUAAUGGCCUUAUUGGAACAGUUCUCUCAGAGUUCCUGUGGUUGUGGGGCUGCUUUCUUACCUCAUCAUUGAUAGGCACACUUGCACUAAGCCUUACGAUGCCUCUGUCCAUAAUAGCUGAUAUGUGUAUGCGAAAGGUGCAGUUUUCUUGGUUAUUUUUUGCAGGUGCUGUCCCUGUAUUUUUUUCAUUUUUUAUUGUAACUCUCCUGUGUCACUAUAAUAAUUGGGAUCCUGUGAUGGUGGGAAUCAGAAGAAUUUUUGCAUUUAUAUGCAGGAAACAUCGAAUUCAGAAAAUUCCAGAAGACAGUGAACAAUGUGAGAGUCUCAUUCCUAUGCACAGUGUUUCUCAGGAGGAUGGAGCUAGUUAGCUGUUGUCCAUAGCCCAGCUUGUAAUGGAACGUUAUACAGCGAAGAGACAAUCUCUGGCAAGUUUUCAUAGAAAAAUGUUUCAGUGCCUAGUCUGAAAAAUAACAGUUUCAGUUCUUUGAAACUCUAAAAUAUACUUUCCUCCUGUUUUCUUCAUUUUCAUAAUGAAGUACUUUGCUGUGUAGUCAUAGACAUGUCACUACAGCUGUAAGAAGUUCCAGUCCACAGUCCAUCUAAAGGGCCAGCCUGCCUUAUAUAUCUCAAGGAAUUCAGCUGAGGAGAAAAUUUGAACUAACCAAGGAAUAAAAUCCUAAUGUGCUAGAGACUUUAUUCUCACAUAUUUGUUAAAUGCUGGACUAUAUUAUAAAAACAUUGUCCGGAAAUCAUUUAAGCAUAUAGACCAGUGUUUCUUUUACAGGUAUAAUGCUAAAGUAAGCUGCCAAAAAUAGGUACGGAUUACAUUUCUGAGUUUUGUAGAAUAUUGCAAAUUAACAAUGCAGAAAAGAAUGUGUAAUUUAUGCAACAAGUGAGUUCAUGUAAAUUGGUGGGGCUUUAAAAAGAAUAAAUAUUUGGGAAAAGAUCUGGGUCACUUACACUGCAUAUACUAUAUUAUUCUUUCAUAGCAUUAGUUGCCUUGUAUUUUGAAUCUGUGACAAACCAUGACAAAUUUUAUAUGGCAAGUAUUAUUGUAAAAUGAAGAAUUAUGUAUUUCUAAAGGCUAUAUUGCUGUAAAUUUAAUUGAUAAAGCUCUGCUUAAUUUAGAGUUUUGAAAAAUAUUCACUCUUCAAUUAAGAAAUUUUCAUAAUGGAAUGAUUUAAACUGAAGUGAUAAAGAAUAUUAUUAAAAUAAAAUGUUUAAAAAUGUUUAUAUAUAUGUAUUUGUGUAUUAUAGAUGUACCAAGUGGUUUCUAGGUGUUUUUUUUUUAAAUUUUUUGUACAUAGAAAUGUGCCAAAUUACUCUAGAACUGGAAUCUUCUUUAACUAAUUCUAAUUUUCCUAAAUAAAUUUUUAAUGGUUAAAAUACCAAAGAAGAAGGGCAAGAAAGAAUUCUACUUUAAAAAUUAUAUUUGAAUUUUUCUUCUGCUAAGAUUAAUUUAAACAGUAUUCCUAAUUGUAACUCUUAAGCUUCAGUCGUGUGUGUACUUAUUGUACCACUGCUCCUGGGCUUUCUUCUGUACGUACCUCAGCGGAUGAACAUAGGUCUCAGGAUUCAUCCAGCCUUUUGAUUAAACAAAACCCAUUUCCUUUUCAAGCUUUGUGAGAAUAAUGUAGUUCUCUUUAAAAUCUGUCAGUGAAUCUGCUUUUUUAAAAUUCCUUUUGCAGUGUUUUGCUUCAUUUUGUCCUGUCACAUUUUUUAAAUUGCUUUGGUGUUACCAUGAGUCCAAAAUGAAGUUUAGCCAUCUUCCUGCUUAGUCCUGAGAACUUUCAUAUUAUAUAAAUUUAAUAUGAUAUUGAAUUAAAAAAGACAACUGUCCACUCAUUUGGUGCCACCAAGAAUUCUUGUUAAACUAAAAAUAAUGUUCAUUUUAUUGUACUAUUUGCUUGUAUAGCUUGACAAGGCAAAGGCAUGUAAAGAAUGUGGACUUCCAAGGAAUUUUCUUUUAAAAAGGAUUUAAUGAAGUAACACUUCAGUUGCUGAAAGACUAAUUUUGGUUGAAGUUCAUUACCUAGACACCUUUUCUUUCUGAUUUUGCUUCAUCACUUUACAAGCUAAAGUAACGGAAACGUUGGAGGUGAAACUCAAAAUUUAAAGUAUUCUGUAAGUAAUGUUAUCCCAAAGAGAAUGAACUUAGAGUUUUUGGGCUGUUCAUGUGCUCAGUGUUCACAUCUUCAUACAGAUCAUGUGUUGUUACUCAAGAUUCUGGACGUAGUAAGGCUUGGUUAGCUAAGCUUGAUAGAUCUUGAGCAGAUAUUUUUCCACUAGGUGGCUGCUCUGUCAAAGAACAACCUCUUUUAAAAGAGGCACCGUUAAAUUAGUUGAUUGAAGAUAUGAAUUGCUGCUGUUUUGCUCACCUGCUUAUUAUCUUCUCUCUCAGGUCUAUUUAUCUGAACGAUUAUUAUGUUUGAAUACUGCAGUUAUGCAAGUGAGCAAUUGUGAUCUUCCUUUCUCCUCCUUUGUAGUUAAGGGUUUAUCUUCUCAAGAAACAAAGUUGUGGUGGGUUAUUUCCGUUCUGUGGAUUACCCAGAAAUCUAGGUAUCAAGGCCCCAUGAUCACAGCAGCCACAUUGCAGGCAUUUGGAAAUACCAGGGAGAGAUUACAUUCCAGGGACUGCUGCUGUCCUUCCUUGCUAUUAGAACAGGGUUCGCCCGUGAUUCUAUUUUUCAGAACCUAAAAAAACAAGCAGGGAUUUCUAAUACCUUGUUUUCAGCCUUCUACUUUUCUUCCCAUACAUAAUUUAAAUCUCAUUAUUGUAUAAUGUUUCAAAAUAUGACCUUAAUUGAAGGAAGUCUGCUAUUUUGUCAGAAAGACUUUGUUAGAUGAACAUCAGAAUCUCAACUAAAAUAAAACUGGACAAUGAGACAGCCUUAAAAGUGCUUAGGUGAAUACUUUUUGAAGCUCAGAACCAUUAGGUGUAUGUAACGCGCCUAUACUUAACCCCCUUAAAUACAUUUUUAUUUUUUUAUUGAGAUCCUGGCUGCAGUCAGCUGGACUUAAUUAAUUUCUUCCAUUAAACUGAUUUUCCUCUCCGGCAGCUGAAAAACAAAGUUCAUUGUUUCUGUAGAAGUGAACUCACAAGGUUAAAUGCGAAUGUUCUCAAAGGUGCACAGGCUUGUUUCAGGAAGAAUGUUAAUGACCACUAUAAAAUCAAUUGUGCAGAGCCAACUUGGGAUGCAAGGUCCAACUCCUCUGGAAGCCAAGUUUUUCCAUCAAGCGCUGUGGUAAUGUCUGUAGCAUUAAUCCUCCAUGUGCUGGCUGAAGAAAAAAUAUCUUUAAAGGAGGAUAAAGGAUGAAUUAAUUAGAAAAUGUUUUUUUUCCAGAAUCAUAUUAGCAAAUAUUGAAACGUUAUUUUCAUUUUAGGCAAUUCUGGUUUUGUUAUAAUCCUGCUUCAUUUCUCUGUACUCUCCUUUUGAAAUAUUUAUUACUAAA